GAUUAUUGUGUUUUGUCAAAGUUGUCUGCUUUCUUGUUCCGCAUCCAAUAUUGCAGAGAAUUAGUGACUUCUAACUUAUGCCUUUAAAAUCUAAUUCAGGGACUGUUGUGGAACCACAGGCCACCUUCACUGAACCCCUGUUGCUUAAUGCUGUUCGAGGGUUUGAUGUUGAAAGACCUCCAGUUUGGCUUAUGAGGCAAGCAGGGAGGUACAUGAAGAGUUAUCAAACCAUUUGUGAGAAGUAUCCUUCAUUUCGUGAAAGAUCAGAGAAUGUUGAUCUGGUGGUGGAAAUUUCUCUGCAGCCGUGGAAUGUUUUUAAGCCUGACGGGGUCAUUUUGUUUUCAGACAUCCUUACCCCUCUUUCUGGGAUGAAUAUACCUUUUGACAUUGUGAAAGGUAAGGGUCCUGUUAUCUUUGAUCCUAUACACACUGCUGCCAAUGUUGAUCAAGUGAGGGAAUUUGUUCCUGAGAAGUCAGUUCCUUAUGUUGGGGAAGCAUUGACAAUACUGAGAAAAGAGGUAGAUAAUAAAGCUGCAGUUCUGGGCUUUGUUGGGGCUCCUUUCACCCUGGCAUCAUAUGUGGUUGAAGGUGGUUCAUCAAAACACUUCUCGAAAAUAAAAAGAAUGGCAUUUUCUCAACCAAAGGUACUCCAUGCAUUGCUUCAGAAAUUUGCAACUUCCAUGGCAAAGUACAUCCAAUACCAAGCCAACAGUGGAGCUCAAGCUGUUCAGAUCUUCGACUCAUGGGCAACAGAGCUCAGUCCAAUAGAUUUUGAGGAAUUCAGUCUACCCUACUUGAAACAGAUUGUGAAUACUGUGAAACAGACCCAUCCAGACCUUCCUCUGAUCCUUUAUGCAAGUGGAUCUGGUGGCUUGCUUGAAAGGCUAGCAUUGACAGGUGUGGACGUAGUUAGCCUGGAUUGGACGGUUGACAUGUCUGAAGGUAGAAAGCGGCUAGGAUCCAACAUAGCCGUUCAAGGAAAUAUCGAUCCUGGUGUUCUUUUUGGUUCAAAGGAGUUUAUCACUGACCGGAUAAAUGAUACAGUGAGAAAAGCAGGGAAAGGCAAGCACAUAUUGAAUCUUGGUCACGGAAUUGUUGUAGGUACCCCAGAGGAAAAUGUUGCCCAUUUCUUUGAGGUUGCUAAAGCAAUAAGAUACUAAAAGCAGAAAUCAGGUUAGUUAACCCCCUGCGGAUGAAUGAAUUGAGUUUAUGUAUCAUUAGUUUAGUCACCUUUUCUUGGUCCUUCAUUCUUUAUCAGCAGUUAAAAUUGCUCCAGGAUGAAAAUAAAAUCACUGGAUAGCAAUUUUUCUUCUUUUUUUGGUUUAAUGUGUAACCUAUACUUUGUUCAAUUAUUCUCUUCAUGGGCUCUGAUGGUUUAGCAAGCCUAAUGCCUAAGCAAUUAACCCCAACACUUUAA